AUGUCCUACUACGAGAACCCCCAGUGGACUGGUCCUAGCCAAAGCAGCUGGGACCCUCAAGGUUCCUCGACACCCGUCCGUGCCGGUAAGUGCCGCCCUGCUAUCUGUGCCAGCGCUCCUCAAGCCCAGGACGACUUUGCCUUCUCCUACCAGUUCGACGAGGUCGAUCGCGCUUACGAGAACCUCCAAAAGUCUGGAAAGGGAUUUAUGAUGGGAGGCCGCCGCAAGUUCUCUCCCAUGCACCACGGCCACGGUUCUGGGUCUGCGCGAAGCACCCCCGACUUUGUAGACGGACGGAUGCCGCAUGGCCCGGGCUCCCGAUCCCACUCGGUCAACAACUUCGAUGGCCCCUCUGGGCCUCCCGGACCCAACCUGCACAAUUUCUACGCUAACCAGCGCCACCAGCCCUCGCGUGGCACUAACGAGGUUGAACAGGUCAUGCAGGCCAAGAGGAGGAUGGCAGCCCAGCGGGAGCGCGAACUCCGCAACCUCCACACGGAACAGCAAUAUCAACGAAAUGCUCUUGCUGAGGUCCCGGCCCCCGGCGGGAACAAGCACAUGUCCGAGGAAGAGACGCGCGAGCUUAUCGCCCGCCAGCGCAGCGCCCUCUACGGCGAGGGCCCCUUUGCCGAACAAGGCGGCUACGUCGAUGAGAACGGCAAGGUUCACACUGGUGCUCCUGGCCCCAGUGGCCCUCCCAGCCUUCGUGGUGUUUCCCCUUUGGGCUAUGAUGGCGUCCCUCGGGCCCCUCCUGGCGCCGAGGCAGGCACCCCGGUCACAAACGCUGAACCGAGCUCCUCGCUCCCUGCCGACCCUAGCCCCCGCCCCCCGAGCACUGCUAGCCCCCAGACUGCCGGACCUACCAACAAGAUGUUCGACAGCGCCGUGGGUGCCCAGAGCCGCACAUCUACGUCCAGUCCGACGGGUGCUUCGUCGCCGCAGGACCUGGUUCCCGGCUCCAAGCCUGGCCAGUCCGGCUCCUCGGUUGCGCCGAUUGGCACCCGCCCCUCGGGCACCCCGGCUAACGCUCAGACGAAGCGUUCGACAACCCCCAUGGGCUCCUCGGGUGGAUGGGGUCGUGGUAACGGGGUGUGGGGCCAGUCUUCAGGCCUCGGCACGCAGGCCAGUGUUUGGGGAUAA